CCCGCGCUUGGGAGACGCAUGUGCCGGGACGUCGGGGCGCGCAGGCCUGCGCUCGGGUGAAGUUUUUGGAGAGGGCAAGACGGCGACAACCUGAUGCAAGCGGAGGAGCCCGGAGUCUCCGCAGCUCCGGGAGCCCGCGAUGCCCCGGCUGCCCAGGGAAGAGCCCGGCGCGCACCGGGUCCUGAGUUGCGCCUGUCCCGCCAGCUGCUGCCGGAGCUCUACACCUUCGUGGCGCGGGUGCUGUUCUACCUGGCGCCCGUCUACCUGGCCGGCUACCUGGGGCUCGGCAUAACCUGGUUGCUGCUUGGGGCCCUGCUUUGGAUGUGGUGGCGCAGGAACCGCCGCGGGAAGCUGGGACGCCUGGAGGCCGCCUUCGAAUUCCUGGACAACGAGCGCCAGUUCAUCAGCCGCGAGCUGCGGGGUCAGCACCUGCCGGCCUGGAUCCACUUUCCAGACGUGGAGCGGGUCGAGUGGGCCAACAAGAUCAUCACCCAGAUCUGGCCCUACCUCAGCAUGAUCAUGGAGGACAAGAUCCGGGAGAAACUCGAACCCAAGAUCAGGGAGAAGAGCAUGCACCUCAGGACCUUCUCCUUCACCAAACUCUACUUUGGCCAGAAGUGUCCCCGGGUGAACGGCGUCAAGGCCCACACUGACAAGUGCAACCGGAGACAGGUGACCCUGGACCUGCAAAUCUGCUACAUCGGGGACUGUGAGAUCAGCGUGGAACUGCAGAAGAUGCGUGCUGGGGUGAAUGGGAUCCAGUUGCAGGGCACCCUGAGGGUCAUUCUGGAGCCGCUCCUGGUGGACAAGCCCUUCGUGGGAGCCGUGACCGUGUUCUUCCUUCAAAAGCCGCACCUGCAGAUCAACUGGACGGGCCUCACCAACCUGCUGGAUGCGCCCGGAAUCAAUGAGGUGUCAGACAGCCUGCUGGAGGACCUCAUCGCUGCCCACCUGGUGCUGCCCAACCGUGUGACGGUGCCCGUGAAGAAGGGGCUGGAUGUGACCAACCUGCGCUUUCCGCUGCCCUGUGGGGUGAUCAGAGUCCACCUGCUGGAGGCUGAGAAGCUGGCCCCGAAGGACAACUUCCUGGGGCUCGGAGGGAAGUCAGACCCCUACGCCAAGGUGAGCAUCGGCUUGCAGCACUGCCGGAGCAGGACCGUCUACAGGAAUCUGAACCCCACCUGGAACGAAGCAUUUGAGUUCAUGGUAUAUGAAGUCCCCGGGCAGGACCUGGAGGUGGACCUGUAUGAUGAGGACACUGACAGGGAUGACUUCCUGGGCAGCUUGCAGAUCAACCUUGGAGAUGUCAUGACGAACAGAGUGGUGGAUGAGUGGUUUGUCCUGAACGACACCACCAGUGGUCGGCUGCACCUGCGGCUGGAGUGGCUGUCACUGCUCACUGACCAGGAAGCUGUGGCCGAGGACGAUGGUGGCCUCUCCACAGCCAUCCUCGUGGUCUACUUAGAGAGCGCCUGCAACCUGCCGAGAAACCCUUUCGAAUACCUGAACGAAUAUCGAGCCAAAAAACUCUCCAGGUUUGCCAAGAACAAGGUCAGCAGAGACCCUUCUUCCUAUGUCAAGCUGUCGGUAGGCAAGAAGACAUAUACGAGUAAGACAUGUCCCCACAGCAAGGACCCUGUGUGGAGCCAGAUGUUCCCUUUCUUUGUGUACAGUGUGGAGGCCGAGCAGCUCCAUGUGAAGGUGCUGGAUGAUGACCAGGAUUGUGCUCUGGGAGUGCUGGACGUGCCCCUGUGUCAGAUCCUCCCCUGUGCCGACCUCACCCUUGAGCAGCGCUUCCAGCUGGGCCACUCAGGCCUGGACAGCCUCAUCUCCAUGAGGCUGGUGCUUCGGUUCUUGCAUGUGGAGGAACGAGAGCUGGGGAGCCCGUACACAGGACCGGAUGCCCUAAAGAAAGGCCCUCUGUUAGUCAAGAAGUUAGCCACCAACCAGGGUCCCAAAGCUCCACCUCAGGGAGACAGCCCUGCAGAUGUGCCAUGUCCCCCAGAUCCUGCUUCUGACACCAAGGGAGCCGUCAAGAGCACCACAACGGCCACCAGUGCUGCCACUGAGCCCGUGGCCCAGGAGACAGAUCCAGAGCCCAAAGGCAAGGACAGUGCCAAUGGGCUGUGUGAGCCUGUGGGGAAGAAGAGGAACUCAGCCACCAUCUUCCUGACUGUCCCAGGCCCUCACUCUCCAGGGCCCGUCAAGUCGCCCAGACCUAUGAAAUGUCCUGCCUCGCCCUUCGCGUGGCCACCCAAGAGGCUGGCUCCCAGCCUGUGCUCGCUCAACUCCCUGGCCUCUUCCUGCUUUGACCUGACAGAUGUCAGCGUCAACACAGAAGGCGGGGACCGCAGGCUGGGUGAGAUUCAGCUCACGGUGCGCUAUGUGUGCCUGCGGCGCUGCCUCCGGGUGCUCGUCAACGCUUGCAGAAAGCUGACACCAUGCACCAUCAGUGGAGCUGAUCCCUACGUCCGCAUCUACCUGUUACCAGAAAAGAGGUGGGCGAGUCGCAAGAAGACCUCGGUGAAGCGGAAGACCCUGGAACCCCGGUUUGAUGAGACAUUUGAAUUUUUUGUUCCCAUGGAAGAAGUACAGAAGAGGUCACUGGAUGUCGCAGUGAAAAAUAGUAGACCACUUGGCUCACACAGAAGGAAAGAGUUAGGAAAAGUGCUGAUUGACCUAUCAAAAGAAGAUUUGAUUAAGGGCUUUUCACAGUGGUACGAGCUGACUCCUGAUGGACAGCCCAGAAGCUGAUGAACAUGACCCCAAGUGUCUUACAGGCACGAGCUGACUCCUGAUGGACAGCCCAGAAGCUGAUGAACAUGACCCCAAGUGUCUUACAGGUACGAGCUGACUCCUGAUGGACAGCCCAGAAGCUGAUGAACAUGACCCCAAGUGUCUUACAGGCACGAGCUCACUCCUGAUGGACAGCCCAGAAGCUGAUGAACAUGACCCCAAGUGUCUUACAGGCACGAGCUCACUCCUGAUGGACAGCCCAGAAGCUGAUGAACAUGACCCCAAGUGUCUUACAGGCACGAGCUCACUCCUGAUGGACAGCCCAGAAGCUGAUGAACAUGACCCCAAGUGUCUUACAGGCACGAGCUGACUCCUGAUGGACAGCCCAGAAGCUGAUAAGUGCUACUGUCCUGACAUGAUAGGAUGUGUGCAUAUGUGUAUUUUCUCAUUUAAAUCAAAAUGGCCAUUGGAUGAAAGUAAGAGGUGGUUACAUAAAGGCAAGAACUACUUCACUGGAUUUGUUCUGUCCAGAAAUGAGGCACUGGUCUGUGUCUUCAAAACCUCAGCCGUGACUUUGCACACCUGACUUAGGACUUGCCUACAUAUCCUGUCCCUGACAUGGGGAGGAGCAGCUACCAGCAUUUGCAGGCACUUCUUUUGUGAAAAUAAGUGACCUGAGCUCACACUGUCAAAGUCCUUCUGGCUGCCACCUCGGGUGCUUGUAUGCCUGGAGGUUCGUUCCUAAUUUGGAGCUAUAGUGGUGGUGGUAUAUUUAAAUAGUGAUAGUGGAGUUUGACUGCAGACCAUCCCCUAUGUGAUGACAUUUCCAUACAAAAAUGCAAGUCCCAAACCCAGGCCUCCAUCAGUAUUCUCACAGGAGAGGCAGUGCCAAGGAAGAAAGGGGGCUUUCCAUCUUUUAGAACAGUGGGACAGAAUUACAGAAUUUCUGCUUGUCUAAGAUAUUUAAACAAGUGCCUCUUACGCAUUUCAAGCUUUGUAAGAACAAAUAGGCUUCUUGUCCCCAUCACUGCUAUUUCACUGUACAGAUUUCCUAUGUUCUAUAAAAAUCAAAGCGUACUCAAAUUAAGGAUAAUCUGGUUUGGCUCCUCCGUGAAUGUGCAGAUGGUCUAUUCCAGAACUGUCCCAAUGCCAUGCCCAUCUCAACAAUUCUGUCUUGUGACAUUGUGUUUAAAAUGCUUACAAGGUAUUAAGCAACAAGUACUGUUUGAUACUUAAUGUUCCAGUUUACCUGCAAGUGAACUAUAAGCUACUUGAAAUGUUUAAGAUUGUGCUAAGUACAUGUACAAUAAAUAGUUUCUGUGAUUUCUAUUUUGAACUAAUGCCUAA